CCUCCGAGCAUGACUCGAUUCAAAAAGCCCUGUAUGUUAAUCUUGGUAGGCUUCAGCCUUGGUUGGAUAUUGACGUACAUAUUUUACAAAAACGCACUGGAUAUGGCGAAUAUAACUAUUUCGAAGUUGCAACUAAUACGCAACACAUCCGUUUAUAAUAAUUUAACUACUAGUACCUUAAAAAAUAAUGUGCCAACAUUAAGUCAUCUGAUUAAAAAACAAUUGAUUGUGAGUACUGUUUCAACCACCAAACGAAACGUUGGACUAAUUAGUGACAAAGAGGCGGGAAUAGUGUACAGUAGAAGUCAAACAAAAUGGGAAGUACAGUCCAGUAUGUGUAAAAGGAAUACUAGUGGUUUUUAUCGAGCAACAUUGCGAGUCCCUCCUGGCUCGACUACGAUAUAUAUUUAUGAUCCAAAAAUUGACAUAUGGGUGAGUGGUAAUGUGGUUAAAUACGGCAGCUGGGAAGGAAAUAAUAUAAAUUUAAUUAUAGAUUUGUUAAUACGUGAACCAGACAUCCAAUUCGUUGACAUUGGUGCCAACGUAGGCGUGUUCACUCUCGCGGCGGCGCUAGCGGGAAGGCGUGUGAUAGCAGUGGACGCCCUCGACAUGAACGUUCAGAGGCUGUGCUCUUCUGUGAUGGAAGGUAAUUUCAGUAGUAGGGUUAAACUCGUAUACAACGCCCUUUCGGACGUACACGAAACCGUUUCGCUUGGAAAAGAUAAAAACAAUGUAGGAGGGACAUUUGUAGCAAAGAAUAAAAAUUCAAAUAAAGUGAGAGGCAGUCAAGUUGUGGGAAAUUACGGUACUGUUCAAGCAAUCAAACUGGAUGAUAUUUUGUCUCUGCCAAAUUUUGACUUUAAGAAAGUUAUAAUGAAAAUUGACGUUGAGGGCUAUGAAAAUAAAGUUUUCAAAGGAGGUGAAGAAUUUUUUAAUAAAGUGGAUGUACAGGCAAUAUUAAUGGAGUGGCUUUGGCUCAGAACAGGAAGUGCUGGUGAAGAAAUCAUAAACUUCAUGUUAAAGAAAAACAUGGAACCCCACAUACCUAAUAGGAUGCCAUCACCACUUCCGAUUCACGACCGUGCGAAAUGGCCCGCAGAUAUUUUAUGGAGGAAAAAGACUAAUAAAAAAAUGAUUUAACA